UCAAACGAAGACGACGGAUGUGGAUAUACAGCAACGUCGACAGCAACUCAAACCCACCGGUCAAGAACAUUGGCACGAGCGUCGUGUCGUGGCUCUCUCUCUCGCGUGGUAAGACAUGAACCCAAUGUCGAUCUGUUCCUCCUCCUCCUCCUCCUCGUCCGGGCCCUCCUCUUCUUCGUAUUCCACCACCAAAGCGUGGAUCGUGCACGGGAUCGUCGUCGGAGCGGCAGUCGCGGCGGCAAUCGGCGCUCGGGCUUAUCUCGGCGGAUCCAAGAAGUUCCGGAGCCGGGUCGUGGGCAUCAUACCCGCCAGGUUCGCUUCGUCUCGGUUUCAGGGCAAGCCUCUGGUUCCCAUUCUGGGCAAGCCCAUGAUCCAGAGAACGUGGGAGAGAGCUAAACUAGCUGCUUCUUUGGAUCAUGUCGUUGUGGCCACGGACGAUGAAAAGAUAGCAGAAUGCUGUCGAGGAUUUGGUGCAGAUGUGAUAAUGACAUCGGAAUCAUGUCGGAAUGGCACUGAACGCUGCAAUGAAGCUCUACAAAAGCUUGACAAAAAGUAUGACAUAGUUGUCAACAUCCAGGGGGAUGAGCCUCUUAUCGAACCCGAGAUAAUUGAUGGGGUUGUUAAAGCUCUCCAGGCUGCCCCAGAUGCAGUGUUUAGCACUGCGGUUACCUCUUUAAAACCUGAAGAUGCAUUUGAUCCAAAUCGUGUUAAAUGUGUUGUGGAUAAUCGUGGCUAUGCUAUUUACUUCUCCAGGGGAUUAAUUCCACAUAACAAAUCUGGAAAGGUCAAUCCACAGUUUCCCUAUUUGCUUCAUCUUGGAAUUCAGAGCUAUGAUUCAAAGUUUCUAAAGAUAUAUCCAGAGCUUCAGCCUACCCCGCUCCAGCUUGAGGAGGAUCUAGAACAGCUUAAAGUUCUUGAGAAUGGUUAUAAAAUGAAGGUGAUAAAGGUUGAUCAUGAGGCUCACGGUGUUGAUACUCCAGAAGAUGUUGAGAAAAUAGAAUCAUUUAUGCAUGAAAGGAACUUGUCCUAGGUAUGUGCGAUUUUCUUGGUUCUUUUUUCUUUGGUUAAUUUGUACUUGUAAGUUACAGAUGUCAGACUUCAUCUUGCUCAAAGUUAGUUAGCCUUGUUCGGCUCGAGGGUGAGAGAAUUCGCGAGACACGGAGCACUGUUUUUGUGUGGUGCUUUGCUUCGUAGGGUAAUGUUGAGUUAUUUUCUUAUCCGGAUGACCUGCAAAAUACAGGGUUUACAGACAUCUUGUGGUGGAUGGUAAUACCUUUAAUAGUAGGUUCUGGUUCUCUGCA